UUUCACAAUACAGUUCUUCAAAAAUCGUUUUUGUAAAACGUUAUCGGACAAUAGAGUGAUAGCCCAAAGAAAGCAUGAAAACAAGUGUUAGCCCGAACCCAAACCGGACAUAAAACCCCAUUCGAGAAGCUGAAAACCAAUGAACCGUCGUCGAUCCAAAAUUCGAAAUACAGAUAGUUUCGAUAGCAGAGAGCAGAGCAGGAUUGCCGUGUCGCACAAGCACAACAAAAACGUUGGUGGUAUUCAUCAUGGAUUCAACUUAGAUAUUGGUGAUGCAAAUACAGCAUUCGCAAGCCUUCAACUGAUGCAGCCAACCGGAAGUAUCGCCGCCGUUCUCUGCUUAGCGGCUCAUCUCCCUCCAAUGAUUUGACUAGUUGGACAUAUGGAGCAGAAGAAGAUAAUGAAGCAAUCUUCUAGCAACUGUCUCAGCAAAAUAUAGGGUUUUGAAUUCUGUUUUCCAUUUAUGAGUUACAUAAAUGAGUCUGCUUCUGCUGCAUGAUUUUUCAGCUAGGUCACGGUUUGGCAGUGGUAUCGCACAGUGAUUAUAUUUCUAGCUGUGUUGUAUUUGUUAUAAUGAUAUAUCUAUGGCGAAGCUGUUUCAUCAAGAGGUUUCGAUUGGAUUUUUGUGCGGCUUCAGCAAUCCAGAGGACUGCCUUGAUAUCAACUUAUGACAGGGAAUCAGCUUCGAAUAGGAGAUUUCCAAAGCCCAUCCUAUCAACUGUAUGCUAUGAGCAGCACCAAAUUUCAUCUACCCGAUAUUUUUGUUCUUGUGCUCAGUCUGUAAGGCUAUGUUGGGAAGGUUCUUCUCCUACAGUUCUGUUGAAAAGGCUCGAAAUAGCCUUGAAGGAACAUCAAUUAAAUGAAGCAUGGGAGUCCUUUAUUGAUUUUAAAAGGUUGCAUGGCUUUCCUGAGGUUUUCAUUGUCCGUAAGCUGAUAACUGAACUGUGCUAUUCAUCUGACCCCCACUGGCUGCUAAAAGCAUGUGAUGUAGUCUUGGAAGUUUUGAAAGAUCAGUCAGACUUACUGCAGUCUGAUAUCCUGCCAAAGCUCUCCCUCUCUUUAGCUCGGAGUCAAAUGCCAAAGCCUGCUACAAUGAUUCUUAGAAUAUUACUGGAGAAAGAUAAUUUGCCCCCCUUGAAUGCGUUAUGCUUGGUUGUUCUGCAUAUGGUAAAGACUGAGGUUGGGACGAACCUUGCCUCUAAUUUCUUAAUUCAGAUUUGUCAUCGUUUCCAACGUUUGAGUGUAAACAAGAGUGGUCAUGCAAAGAAGAUUCAACCUGAUACAAUGAUUUUCAACCUUGUCCUUGAUGCUUGUGUGAGGUUUAAAUUAUCUUUCAAAGGCCAACAGAUUUUGGAAUUGAUGCCUCAAACAGGAGUUGUUGCUGAUGCACACUCUGUCAUCAUUAUUUCCCAGAUUCAUGAGUUGAAUGGUCAGAGAGAUGAGAUAAAAAAGUAUAAAAGUCAUAUUGAUCAAGUUUCAGUUGCGCUUCUGCAACAUUAUCGGCAGUUCUAUGAUAGUUUGUUGACCUUGCAUUUCAAGUUUAAUGACAUUGAGGCAGCCACUGAGCUUGUAUUACAAAUGUGUGACUACCAUGUGUCUCUUCCAGUUCAAAGAGACAGAAAGAACUCUCAUAAGUCUUAUAAUGUUCCAAUUGGAUCUCACAAUCUCAAGUCUGGGUUGCAGAUGCAGAUUUUGCCCGAGCUGCUGCAGAAAGAUUCUGUGCUAAAAGUAGAGGGCAAACAUGAGCUUGUUAUUUAUUGGAAUGGGAAACUUGUCCUUAGUAAUAGGGCUCUGGCAAAGCUCGUAAAUGGAUACAGAAAGGGUGGAGAUACUUGCAAGCUUUCAAAAAUUCUACUAAAAAUGCAAAAGGAGUUAUGUUCCUCAAGAGGAUCUGGUUUGUGUUCUGAUGUGAUUGAUGCUUGCAUUCAUUUAGGUUGGCUAGAAACCGCCCAUGAUCUUUUGGAUGACCUAGAUGCAGCUGGGUCUCCCUUGGGCUUGACUCCUUUUAUGUCACUCUUGACAGCCUACUACAAUGAAAAGAUGUUUCUGGAAGCAAAGGCAUUGAUUAAACAAAUGAGGAAUGCUGGCCUGCUUGAAAAUUUAUCUGAUGAGAUGGUUGUCGUCAAGUGUCGAUCAAUAGUGGAUUCCAGUGCCAUGUUUACAAAUGCUUCAAGCUCUACUAGUAAAUCAGAUCUGGCAAAUGCUUUGGUUCAGGAAAUGAGAGAUGAGAAGAAGGAAAUUCCAUCUACUGUUUAUCAGUUCAAUUCUUCCAUCAACUUUUUCUGCAAGGCCAAAAUGAUUGAUGAUGCUUUAAAGACGUAUAGAAGAAUGCAUGAGAUGAAAAUUCAACCCACUGAGCAAACGUUUACCUAUCUGUUAUAUGGGUAUUAUUCUCUGGGAAUGUUUCGUGCUAUGACAAUCUUGUGGGGCGACAUUAAGAGGAAUAUUGAAAGUGGAAAUUUGGUGGUAAGUAGAGAUCUUUAUGAGUACUUGCUGUUGAACUUUAUUCGUGGUGGUUACUUUGAGAGAGUGAUGGAGGUCAUUGACUAUAUGAAGAAACGUGGUAUGUACACUGACAAAUGGUUGUAUAGAAGUGAGUUUGUAAAACUUCAUAAGAAUCUUUACAGGAAUUUAAAGGCAUCAGAAGCCAAAACUGAAGCUCAAAGAAAGAGGCUUAAGUAUGUAGAGGCAUUUAGAAAGUGGGCAGACAUUGACUGAAGUUCCAAGAGAAGUUUAAUAUGACCUGAGACUAUUUACUGCAACGUUCUUGCUGCUUGCCUUUGAAGGCUAAUGUCAAUUGGGUAGGAACUUAAUUUGGAUGUUGCAAGAAAAUAUAGGAGAACUAAGAAGUCAAUAUGAGGGUAAAUACGAUUCACUAUCGUAUCUGUAAGCGGAAAAAGAAAAGCCAUUUGUGGUGCAUUAUAAUUCUACCCUUAAACAAUUGAGUCAUACUCCGAGUUUCAUGUUUGAUGUUGAUGGUUUGCAACAUCAAAGAUAUGGAAGUUGGAUUAUGCAAAACUGUUGCACUAUGUGAAAACUUUGAAUGAUGUCUUAUGGUCGUGCAAUGAGUUGUAUGUACGAGAACAAUAAUUGGCAUCAGGACAUUACUGCUAUGCUCUUAGAGGUUAUGCAGUUUGUUUUCUAAUUGCUGCUCUGCAACUACUUCAUAAUAUCAGUACUCAGUGAAUCAAUGAGGAUGGAAGGUUUGGAGGUGGUCUCGCAUUUUUGUUCCAUUACAAUUGAAAAGCUCAUUUCUAUCUUCUUUCGUGCCCUCUUAUUCGCUUUAUUAUGCCUCCUGGAAGCAGAGCAGUUCUUCACUGUUGAAGUUACUAAAAAGAAGAGAUUGAUCAAGGAUGACAAUGAUAUGACUAAAAAGUAGAAAAGGAAAAAAGAAGCUGAAGCGAACCUAGAGAAAUUAUCCUGAGGAGAAAGACAAGAUCAUGAGGAUGCAAAUUUUGACAAGAAAAGGAAGGCGGCCAAGGAAACCACAGCUGGUAACCGAAUAGAUAUUGUCGUUUUUCCGGCGAAUUUUGGUUCCAAGCUGACCUAGUAAUCUGCCGGACAGCAUUAGAGAAAGGGGGGAAUCUCAUUUUGUUUUGCCAACUUGCGUUAAGGAGAAUUCCAUUAUUUGUUAGUGGUCAUGCCUUAUCGUGUUUGUGAAAAUCUAUUCAUCGGCAACAUCAGUGAUGCAGCAGAGAUUCUCUAAAAUGGUAGCACAGAAAUCAUGCAUAUUCUAUUGCUUCUUAGUUCAGCGUCAAUAUCGUUUUUCUUCGAAUGAAAGGGUGUAACAAUACCCACAAAGGAAAUUAAGGUGUAUGCUGGGUGGUGCCUCAGCUUCUGAGGAUGAUUCUGGUGACGGGGAAAAAAGUUGUUCAGUGUCCGAUAAGUUCUGUACUUGUUGGAAUAUGCAGGCAAGGAUUUGAAGCUGGUGAGAAUGGGGGUUCCACUGAGAGAUAUGGAGAAUGAAGAUAUGUUGGAUCAUUUGGACAUGUGUUUGGAUUUUAUAUUGAUAAGAGUAGAAAAGAGGGGUAUGUUUCGGUCCAUUGCUUUGCUGGCGUGUCUAGAAGGUACUCAUCAUUUUGACCCUUUAUCGUUUUUCGGUUUAGUUUUAUAAUUUAUACUGGUUCUUGUCAAUACUUUUAAUCAGCUUGAUUACCACAAGUGAACAUAGCCGCAGUUAGCUCUAUGCUGGUAUUCAUUCAGCUUAAUUCUAGGAACAACUAGGAUAUGUUUAAAGAUACUUGUCCUCUUACUUAACGUUCUGCAAUUCCAUUUCUUAUUGCAAAUCCACAAUUGUUGAA